AUGACACAAGUUAUUGAAAAGAAACCUGGAUUAGAUAAAUUGAAAAAUACUAAAAUUAUCUUUGUCGUCGGUGGACCAGGAUCAGGAAAAGGUACACAAUGUGAACGAAUUGUUCAAAAAUAUGGCUUUACACAUUUAAGUACUGGAGAUCUUCUUCGUGAAGCUGUUCAAUCAAAAUCUGAACGAGGUGAACAACUCAAUGCAUUAAUGAAACAAGGCAAAUUAGUACCAAUAGAAGUUGUUCUCGAUUUACUCAAGGAGAAUAUGAUUAAGAAUGCAGACAAAUCGAAAGGUUUUCUUAUCGAUGGAUAUCCACGUGAAAUUCCACAAGCAAAAAAAUUUGAAGAACUGAUUGCUCCAUGUAAUCUUGUUCUUUAUGUUAAAGCAAGUGAUGACACAAUGACAAAACGAUUAUUACAUCGUGGUCAAACAUCUGGUCGAGUGGAUGAUAAUGAAGAAACAAUUAAACAGCGUUUGAAAACAUUUCAUGAUCAAACAUUUCCUGUUUUAGAUUUAUAUGAAAAACAAGGCAAACUAGCUGAGGUCAAUUCAGAAUUAGCACCGGAUGAUGUUUUUACUGAAGUACGUGCUGUUCUUGAUAAAGUUGCUUAA